ACCAUGUCGAUGUAGUCAUUCCUCUCCUAUCUUCAGAGAGAUGCCUACGAGCGUGGAGAAGGGUUCUACCCUGGCCAAGUGGAGGAAGAGGGUGGCUGCGAAUGUGAAGGGAAAGAAACGCAGCAUCAAUAAUGUCGAGGAGGAGAACCUGGGAGGCAAGGAGAGGAGGACCAUGGGAAUAGUUGUGGAGCAGCGGCAAGCUUUUCGUACAAUUGACAACAAGGUGUCUGACAUAGCUGGCAUCGGGAGGAAGGGGGCAGUGAGAUCGAGUAAGACAUGUACGGAGCAGGAAGGCCGUAAGGUGGGCAUCGUACCACCCCAGGCGGCGGUCAGGUCAGAGCCAAUGGCGGGGGAAGCCUUCAUCGACAAGGACCAAAGAGGCUACGCGAAAGAAGUGAGUUUCGGUGACAUCCCUGCCAAAAGGAGUAAAAGGGGAAAAGGACCACCAUUCAAUAUACCCGUCCCCAGACCCAUGAUCACUGCAGACCAGUCUUUGAACCUUCAUACUCUUGGCUGGGCGAUCGACACCCUCAUGAAACCCCCAGAGAACGUCAUUGAUAUUGACCACGGCGACACAGAACUAUUCAUGCACGCUGAGUAUCACAGUGAUAUCAUCCAGUACUUGAGGGAUAAAGAAGCCAAGUAUGCACAUGACAACAUCGACUUCCUGCAGCUUGGCGAGGUCUCCACCCACAUGAGGACCAUUCUCGUUGACUGGCUCAUUCAAGUUCAGCUGCAUUUGGUGCUGAUGGACGAGACCCUUCACCUGAGUGUGACCCUCAUGGAUCGCUUCCUUAGCAGGAAACACAUCCAGCUCAGCAAGUUCCAGCUGCUUGGUGUCUCCUGUAUGUUCGUGGCUGCCAAGUUUACUGAGAGAUUCGCACCGGAGAUUGAGACGUUGGUCCACCUGACGGACAACACUUACAACUACCAGCAGGUCCUUGACAUGGAGAUCAUCAUCCUGAACGCCCUCAAGUUUGAUCUGAGCUUCGCUGACCCCUAUCAGUUCCUUGAACGGUUCAUCAAGGCAACACGCAAGAAGGAUGAUAUAGUGAGAUACAUGAGCAUGUACUUCCUGGACCUGAGCCUCAUUGACUCCCAAUGCAUCAUUUACAAACCAUCCAUGUUGGCCGCGGCAGCCCUGUGCUUAGUGCGGCAGAUCAUCAACGAUAUGUCCGAGGCCCCUUGGACGGCCACACUCGUCUACUACUCGGAGUAUCGCAUGCUGGAGCUGGUGCCUUGUAUGAAGAGGCUGGCAAGAUCACACCUAAAGCUUGGACAAACAAAAUACACGGCGGCGCAGGAUAAAUACAGCAACAAGGGUUACCUUGGCGUCAGCAAACUACCAGUCUUGUUGUCAAAUCUCGCUCUCACGAGACUUGCCUCCGAUGAGAACUGAGAGGAAAAUACGGAACUGUCGUCGACAAGAAGGGAUUAAAGUGAACAAGUAACGGUGACUUACGUCGACACACUGCCGUUGUAACCGCCUGAACGUCUUCUUCGUGGCGCCUUCCAAUUCGGGGAACACAAACUAUUCUGAGACAAGACUCUAAUUUCGGUAGCGACACUAUUACUGAUGUUUCAUGGAUUAUAUGGAUAUAUGAUAAACUUCGAUGUCAUUAAUUUUGUGAAUGAAAGCUAUGAUGGACAAGUAUGUCAAGACCUGGUCAGAAGUCCCAACGUCCUGCUUGACGAAGAGGUGGCUUGAUUUUCGAGUUGGCUAUUCUCCAUUUGGCUUUCUUUGGGCACAACUGCAGCCAACACAUCCUUUUGUUUGUUUGCUUUUAAUUCUUCAGGGAAAUGUUAUUUCCACACCAAUUCUCUGUCAUCAGCAGACAGUUCACUUUGUUGUUCUUGCUUUAUUUGGCAGCGUUAGCAAAAGACGGUAGAAAUAAUCGAUAAGGGCUUCAGUGAGGUUUUGCCGUUAGUUGUAAAUACAGAACAUAGUUACAGUCAGUAGGACUUUGAAAUAGACAUGUUUUACGAACUAAAAAUAUGAAAAAAACAAAAACAAUUUGCCCUAAAACGAAGACAUUAGACAGGCAUACCCAUAAGUGGCUGACUACGAUUGCACUCGCUGUAAAUUAUUUACAACUUUGUUGAUUCUUCGUUGCCCUGUUGAAAUUGUUUAUUAAAUGUUUUAAAUACUAAAUUAUACACUGUACAUCAAGCUGAAAAAGUCUUCGUUAACCUUCCAGUUUCCAUCAACCGGUGUAAUAGUUCUAAAUGUCCAGGGAUAAAGUGUCAGAGAACAUGGCGUCUUUAUGCCUUUGUUUUCUCCGAGGCACCGAAGAUCGUCAGUCUCUCCAGAACGAUGCCUUAAUUCUUCACGUUACAAUGGAGACGAACAAUUUUCUCUGGGGACAAUUAAGAAUGUUACACCACCGGUAGGACAGAGUCCCAUCAAACAACGCAGCCUUUUGUCCAAUCAGAAUUCAAGGCCUGCCAAGAAUAUGGUGGGAAUGAUAACAUCAUGGGAUGGCCAUAGUCACAAUGUUUUGCCACGACUUUACCACGACGAUUGUGCAAAGACAGUGGCUGGGAGUUCUCAUUGUCCUCAAUGAGAAACUUCACGACAGUUCACAUGACUUACUGAUCCUCUUCCACCCCGGCCGGAGCAAUGGACCGACACAAAUCUUUUCCUUUUCCUCCUGUCUUUGGCCACUCUCUCCAGGUCAUUCAGCUGCAGUCCUGAGGAGGACCUCACCUCUGCCAAAG